AUGAACCAUUAUCGAGAUCCGGCUGCUACAAGAUUAUUUGCUCAUGUGGUCGAUGUUAUGUUGUUUUCGUGUCCACGUCCACCUCGUCUCGCUCAGGGCAACAACCGGAGGCUGGAGUUCUCGCUUCGUUCCACAUGGGCCUACACUCGGCCCAGCCUCGCGCAACUGCAGUUGCGACAGGCCAAUCUCUCGCCACUGGGUCCCAGCAACCUGCGAAUGGCGACACAUGACCCGAUCGGCAGGCAACUUCUGGAAACGCCAGUCUUUCGCGUCGGUACCGACGGCGUCCUCGAGACGCUGACUCGCCUCGACCGCGAGACAAUCAGUUCAUACCUGCUGAAAGUGGCGGUACGUGAUAUGGCCGGCAACAAUCAGAGCCUGACAACGCACACUGUGAUCCGAGUUGAUGUGCUCGACGAGAACGACAACGCCCCCGAAUGGACCUUCCCCACCAUGACGGACCGACACAUCAACGUGAGUGCAGCCAUGCGGCCCGGAGACCUGGUCGUUCGGCUGCGCGCCUUCGACAUGGACACCGACAAAGCGGCCUCCGUCGACUACCUGGUCCUGGGUCCCAGGGGCGAGCCGCUCACGCCGGUCUCGUUGGCCGACGGCCUGCCCAGCGCCAUACCGGGCCUCGCGUCCGAGGCGUCUCCGAUGACGACCGCAUUGUCGGCCGGUUCCCAGACGCCCGGCAAACGGCCGUUCGGUCGCCCGGCGACUGGGCAAGACGAGCUGUUCGGCUUCCGCGCCGGACCGCUCUACUUGAACGGCAGCACCGGCGAGCUGUGGGUCGCCGACCUUCUGGUACCGGGCAAUCUGAACAUCCACCUGCGGGCCCGAGACGCCGGAGUGCCGCGACGCUACUCCGACACUUGGCUCACGGUGAACAUCUUCGCGGAUCCCAACGAAGGUGCCCUCUUCUGGUUCGGCGGAGCCGGCACUCUCAACGUCACCAUCAUUCUGGCCAUGAUCGCCGUCACCGCGGUCAUCUCGCUGCUUCUCAUUGUCGCCAUUGUCUGUGUGCGUCGGAGGCCCCCGGCAACCGGUGUUGCUACGGUCGGAUUGAACGGUCGCUAUCCGAGUGGUCUGGCUGCCCAGUUGAAUGGCGACUAUUCUGCCAGUCUGUCGGCGAUGGUGGCCGGCGGCGCGGCCACAUGUGGCCCCGGAGCUGGGCUCGGUCACGGCCUCGACACGGCCGGCGGCAAGGAGGGUCUUGCGAACGCGCUGUGGACUCAGGGCGGAUACGCCGGACAAGGCGGUCUCUAUGGCCCUGCAGGGCCCGGAAGCACCCUGAUCGACGAGACGGGCCAGAUUCUGGGCGCCAGUCUGGCCAACGGACUGGCCGGCGGUACGUACGGAGUGAUCGGCCUGGCUCCGGGCGGCGGACUGAGCUCCGCAAUGGCGGGGGCCGGACCUGUGGCCGGGGAUUCGGCCAGCAUGAUCUUCAUGCCGGCAGCGCCUCCUGCGGCUGCGCUGGCCCAGGCCUCUUCGGGUCAGUCGGUGUCCGCAUCUCCACUCGGUCUGAUGAUGGACGGGGCCGGGCUGAACCUGGUGACCGGGACGAGUGGAGCUGGGGGGGGCGAGACGGCGUCUGCUGUAGGACUCGAUCUCAAUGCCGGUCUGCAGAUGCAUACGUUUGGGGUAAGCUGA